AUGUGGGGGCGGUCAGGCGCUUUGCGUCGCAAGCAAGGGACACCCACGUUCGAAUCCAGAGUCCUCAAUGUCAGCAUCGCCUUUGAUCUCAUUGCCAUUGUGGAAAUGGAUGACAAGACUCAGAAGUUUGUUCUCAAUGGAUUCAUGAUGCUGAUGUGGACGGACGAGAUGUUUUCCAUGGGUUACUUCAUACAAGAGAUCGCUUUCGUGGCGCUAAACGACGUGGUUGGCCUGACUUAUUUCGUAGAGAGCGGCGAGUGGGAGGUUGCCAGCACGAGUAUCACUACUGGGGCCGAUACUACGAUCGGUCUCGGCUUCUUCAGGAUAAGCUUCAACCUGCGACGACGUCCCGGAUUUUUCAUCAUCAACAUCGUGAUGCCGGUGGUUUUGCUCUCCUUCCUCAACAUUAUGGUCUUCCUCAUCCCUGUGGAGAGCGGCGAGAAGAUCAGCUACUGCAUCACCGUGCUGCUUGCCCUGGCGGUUUUCAUGAGCAUCAUCGGAGACAUGUUGCCCAGGUCUUCCGACAUCGUGCCGCUGGUGACCAUCUACCUCAUCAUUCUGCUCAUCAUCUCUGUCCUCGCGGUUAUCGUCGCUGUCGGCAUCGUCUGGCUGCACCACAGAGAGGAGAAAGAAACACGACGCCAGAAGGCCACCGCUUCCUUCAAGAACAUAUUUGGCAAAGUUCGAUCGAUGAAUAGAGCGACUGCGUCUUUGACCAAAGUGAUGCCCUCUCAACAAGACCCAGAGUCACCUGACAACGACCAGUCUCCACCCUCUGCCUUGAUGGAAGGACUGAAGAAACUUCGGGCAGCCGAGAAAUCGAGGGAGAGCGCGCCGCCAGGUGACGGGAAGAGUGAUAAGAACAGGCCAACUGUGAACAAGUACAAAAUUAUCGGGCAACAUAUUGAUGCGAUAUCUUUUAUUGUAUUUAUGGUGGUCUGGUGCUUGGUCACUUUUUGCUUUGUGAUAGCUUUGACUGUAUGA